GCAAAGAAGACUUCGCCGGCUGCCUCAACAGCGCUCGUCUCACUCAGUCCCUGCUAGUCGUGAAAAUAUUCGUGUGCACAUAACGUCUGUGCAAACCGGUAACCAAUCGUUGUGUGUGUGUGUAUGUGUGCGGAAAAUUCGGAAAAACUAUCAAACUGAACCGCUCAUUUGGAUUAAGCGCGCUGCUUUAAAAAAGAACAUGCGCUUUCUACUGCCCCUAGUAGCGCUGCUCGCUGCAGCAGCCGUCCAUGCGGAUGUCUCGCAUCUGGACACGGACCUGCGGGAGGAUGGCUACCACUAUAAGCAGCCGUCGGUGCCUUUUCCAUCGGCGCCCUCGGGCAACGGCAUUGACGACUCGGGCCUGAUUCCUGGACCAGCACCCACGGCUCCAGUGCCUUCGUAUGGCCCCCCACAAACACAACCACCGGCGCCACGACCUCAGCCUGUGCCCGCAGCUCCAGGACCUUCCUACGGGCCACCACAAACGCAACCACCAGCGCCCCGCCCACAGCCUGUGCCAUCAGAGCCAGCGCCGUCGUACGGCCCACCACAGACGCAACCACCUCCACCACGACCGCAACCAGUGCCCACAGCACCUGCACCUUCCUAUGGUCCACCGCAAACUCAACCACCACCACCACCACCACCACGUCCUCAACCUCCUGCACCACAGCCAGGUCCGGAAUACUUGCCACCAGACCAACCCAAGCCACGUCCAGUGCCUCCACGUCCACAGCCCCCAGCACCAACACCCACACAACCACGUCCCCAGCCCACACCUGGAUAUGUUCCGCCACAACAACCACAACCACAACCACCAGCACCUGCACCUUCUGCUCCCAUUCCUUCAUAUGGACCACCUCAAACACAGCCACCACGUCCUCAGCCGCCACGCCCUCAACCCCCACGUCCACAGCCACCGGCACCGCAACCAGGAGCGGAAUACUUACCACCAGCAGGUGAAAACGAAGUAACGCCACCAAAGCCGCAACCGACCGUGCCUCAGCCAGGAUAUGGCCCACCUUCUGGUCCUCCAGCACCGCCCACCUAUCAGCCACGUCCUCCUGCACCACCAGCACCCCCAGCACCUAAGCCGGAAUAUGGUCCACCAGCUAGUCCUCCUGCACCACCCACCUAUCAGCCACGCCCACCUGCACCGCCGGCUCCUCCAGCACCUCCCUCGUAUCAGCCCCGCCCUCCUGCACCACCUGCACCGCCCUCACCCAGUUAUCCUGAGCCACAGCCGACUAUUCCUGAUGCUGGUUCACUGGGUCCUGACGGAUACAAUUACAAUAAGCCCGCUAGGCCGUUCACCUUUUAGUAGCCGCCGUUCAACGGUUCUACACCAUAUUAAGUAUUCUUAGUCUAGAGAGAACGACCACUACCACUGAACCAAUGCAAUUUUGGAAAUAUUUUCCUUUCCCCCACUCUUAGCCACAUUGUUUGUAUUGAGAACCACUUUUGUAAAUCGUUUCGAAUAAAAAUCAACGCCAAACCAAUUAUCCACACUAAA